AUGGGACAUAGUAGCAAUGUAACAGAAUUUGUUCUCCUCGGCCUCACUCAGGAUCCUAAGGGGCAGGAAGCAUUAUUUGUCUUGUUUUUACUCAUCUAUCUUGUGACAAUGGUGGGCAACCUGCUCAUUAUGGUGACAGUUUUUGCCAGCCCCUCCCUGGGUUCCCCCAUGUACUUCUUCCUGGCUUAUCUGUCACUCAUGGAUGUGGUUUACUCCACUGCCAUUUCACCCAAGUUGAUUACAGACUUACUCUGUGGUAAAAAGACAAUUUCCUUCCCAGUUUGCAUGGGACAGCUCUUUUUAGAACACUUAUUUGGGGGUUCUGAGGUCUUCCUUCUGGUGGUGAUGGCUUAUGAUCGUUAUGUGGCCAUCUGCAAGCCACUGCACUACUUGACCAUCAUGAAUCAACAGGUUUGCAUCCUGCUGCUGGUGGUGGCCUGGGCUGGAGGUCUUGUGCACUCCACGGUUCAACUUCUCUUUGUGUACAGACUCCCCUUCUGUGGCCCCAAUGUUAUUGACCACUUCAUCUGUGACAUGUACCCCUUAUUGGACCUUGCCUGUACUGAUACUUACCUUGCAGGUCUCACUGUGGUUGCCAAUGGUGGAGCAAUCUGCAUGGUCAUCUUUAUCCUUCUACUAAUGUCCUAUGGGGUCAUCCUAAGUUCCCUUAAAACUCACAGCCAGGAAGCAAGGCGCAAAGUGCUGUCUACCUGCAGUUCCCACAUCAUGGUGGUGAUCCUCUUUUUCAUUCCCUGUAUUUUCAUGUAUGUGAGACCUGUUUCCAACUUUCCCAUUGAUAAAUCCAUAACUGUGGUGUAUACUGUCAUCACUCCCAUGUUAAACCCUUUAAUAUACACAUUGAGAAAUUCAGAAAUGAAAAAUGCUAUGGCAAAACUCUGGUAUAAAAAGUUAACCAUAGGUAGAAUGAGAAUAUCGCCCAUGAUGAACACAAUUGUUACUAAUCCUAAAGCAACAAACAGGCAGUAA